AUGCUCAUUUUGGCGCUUGAUUAUGCCAACAGCAAACAACGUUUGCCCAGUGUCAGCGACGCGAAACAUGUCGAAGAGUUGGCUAAGCAGUGCGGAGUGCACGAAGUCCUCACAUUGUACGACAGCCAAUGCACAAAAGACGCGGUGAGACGCGCCAUCAGAAGUGCAGGGUCGAGAUGCGACGUUAACGACUACUUUGUGAUGUAUUUCGAGGGGCAUGCGACCGUACUGAGCGAUCCGGACCGGCAGGGGCUCCAGGAUGAGGCGUUCGUCCUUGUUGACCCGAAUGGGAAGGCUUCACCGGCAACUUUGUUCCUGGAGGAGGAGUUCACUACCCUGGUCUUGGAGAAUUUCAAGCCUCAGACGCGGGUCAUUGUGAUGACGGAUGCUGGGCAUGAAGUGUCGGUUGUGGACCUGUCUCAAGAGCGUUGGAAAGCGCGCCAGAUUGUUUCCAUCUCUGCAAUUCAGGCAACGCGGUCACGGUCGACGGGCGAAGAUACCCGCAGAGGUAUAUUUGUACAUGCUCUACUUCUUGCAAUUGACAAGCUGUCAAAAGUUGGACGCGAUAAUUACUCAGUUGGUAUGCUCUUCAACGCAUGGCUAUUGGAAGAUGAGCUCGUUUUUCGAGGUCUUCAGGAGCUAGAAAUCCAGUCGCCUUCAGACUUCAGCCCAGAUGCCAUGGCCUGGCCUCUCGUGCCACCGGCUCCGGCCCAAAUUUCGUGUUUGAGCAGCGUGCAUGGACGUUAUACGAUGAGCCUUGUUCCCUGGACCAAGAGAAAUGGCUUAAGGUAUUCAUGA